ACUUUGCCAACUGAAAAAAGAGUCAUAUGACAUUUUGUGUAUUAUCUUGCAGUUAAAAGGUUUUUAACCUCAAUUUUGACAGUGAAAUGGCUGAGUCUAACGAACAAAUGAAUAAGAUGGAAGAAGGAAACAGUGCAGAAGAUGACAUCGAUGUUUUCGACGAAAUUCAGGUCGCUAGGAAUGGGAUCAACAAGCUGCUCAACAACAACUUUGAAGAUGCUUUUAAAUUGUUCGAGCAGCACAAAGAAGAAAGUCCUCUUAUGCAUGCAGGGUACAGUUUCGUUUUUUUCAUGCAAGGACUGAUGUCUUUUGAAGAUGAGCAGAUGGAUAAAGCGCUCAAAGCCCUGGAGGAGACAGAAAAGAAAUGUGAAGUCAGCGAUGGAUUUGUCAAAUCUAUCAAGAGAAAAUUUGGAAAAAAGAAGAAAAAAGAGGGUCAGCAGAUAAGUGUAGAAGAAAAGAUACAACGUCAGGUUAUAGUUGGUGACUCGUUAUUAUAUCAAGCUAUUCUAGUCUUCACUGGUCAGGAUAUACCCAGCUACAUCAAGGGUGGCUGGCUACUCCGCAAAGCGUGGAAAAUCUACGAAAAACUUUACAAGGAAGUGACCAAUUUACGUGAAAAUCCCAAAAUGAAGAAAUCUGCAUCGAAAGCUAGUAUUUCCAGCAACAGUGUCACUUCGGAUGGACCAAUGGAUGACAACGACAACGAAAUUCCGAAAGAGGUUUUAGAUCGGUUGCAGGGUGCAGUGAAUUUUGGUUACGGAACUUUUCAAAUAUGUAUAUCAAUGAUACCUCCUAAGAUUAUAAAAAUUAUAGAAUUUCUAGGAUUUGAAGGUGAUCGGGUUUUAGGACUCCAGGCAUUAAAUUAUACGAGUGAUUCAGAUGCAAUGAAUGCACCUCUAGCCACUUUAGGAUUAUUAUGGUACCAUACAGUAUUACGCCCUUUCUUUGCCUUGGAUGGAGCAAAUGGUUACGAUGCAGGUUGUAAUGAUGCAGAAAAUCUGAUAGAAAGUAAGAGAGAGCAGUUCCCGAACUCCUGUCUCUUCUUAUUCUUCAGAGGAAGGAUACAUCGACUAAGGAAACAGACUGAUCUGUCUCUCAAGAUGUAUAAUGAAGCAUUUAAGGCAGCUGAUGGGCAGAAGGAACUGGAACUUAUGUGUCAGUAUGAAAUAGGAUGGUGCAGUAUGAUGAUGCUCAAUUGGAGAGAUGGCCUAGCUGCAUUUACUAGGUUAAGAAAAGAAACAAAGUGGUCCAAGUGCUAUUAUACUUACAUGGAGGGUGUGUGCCUUGGAGGUAUGGGUGACAUCAAAGGAGGGUAUGAUUUGUUUAAAGAUGUUCCUGGACUUCUAAAGAAGAAGAACAAUCAGAUUGAGGCAUUUGUUUCAAGACGUGCAGAGAAGAUGAAAAAGAACCCACCUACUCAGGAAUUUUGUCGAUUACUCACGUUAGAACUGAUCUUCUUGUGGCAUGCUUUGCCCACCUUAACUGCAGAGGAACUUAGACCAUAUCUUGAUGUAUGUGAUAUGCAGACAGAUCCAAAAGUGUUUCAUUUAAGAAGUCUUCUUGAAGGUGCAAUAUUUAACCAGCUUGGAGAGGAAGAAAUGGCUUUACAGUGUUUAGAGGAGGCGGUUGCUCGUCACUCUGGUAUGAAGGAUGAUCUACAUGUUCCUCCGUUUGCUCUUUUUGAAAUGGCAUCUAUUCACAUGAAAAAACCAGAGGGAUAUGCGAAGGCAAAAGCAAUGUUGGCUGAAAUAAAGGACAAACAUAAGGAUUAUGACUUUGAGAAUCGUCUUGUAGUCAGAGUGAACAAUGCUGUAAAACAGAUGAAAGAAAAAGCAUAGACAAUAAGUGGUCUCCAUGGAAUGAACUGUUUCUAUCGGUUUACAAUAUUACUUUUGUGCGGUCUGCACUGGUUGCAAAGGCAGAAUCACUUGCCACUAGCAGGCUAAAGGUUAAGUAUCUAUUUCAAACAGAAGAUGGUAUAAUACAAGUCAUGUUGAGGAGUCUAAAAUUAAAAAUAGAAAAAAAUCAUGGAUCAGCUAGAAAACUUUUAACAAGCAUGGACAGCUCCUGUUACAUUUUUUUGUUGUAUUGAUUUUUUUGUUGUUCUUUUUUUUUUUUUUUCUUUUUUUUUUGGUAUGAAGUUGAAAUGUGAUAAUUUGAAGUUUAGUUCAAAGGAAUCAAGAUAACUGAAUUUAUAUUAUUAUUAUGAUUAUUAUUGUUCCUUAAUAUUGUCAAUUUGAAGGCUGGCCUUUGUAAAAUUCUGUCAUUGUAAGUUGUUUAAAUACUGUAGAUUAGCUAUUAUUCCUGAUAGAUUUAUUAUCGCCAAUAUGUGUGAUAAAUGCCACUGACAAAUUGAAAAUGUUCAUAAAUAAUAUGGUUCAUUGUGUUUUAAAACAAACACUUGAGUACACCUGCCCACUCAGCUUUAUAGGGAGUGUGCAGAUCUACAUAUCACAAGAUCGUGAGGUUGAUCCCUGGGCAAGGCGUAUGAACACCAUGAGGACUUGAUAAAAGACAUUGUGUCUGAAAUCAUUCGUUCUCCACCUCUGAUUCAUGUAAGGAAGCUUGAAGUUACUUGUAGAGGACAGGUUUGUACUAGGACAGAAUUCAGGAACACUAGUUAGGUUAACUGCCCGCCGUUACAUAACUGAAAUACUGUCGAAAAAUGGUGUUUAAACCAAAACAAACAAAACCAAAAUAAAAAACUCACGUUCCUUGAAUUUUUGUCACAAAUAAGGCUGAUAACCAUGUAAUCACUAAAUAAUAAUCCAAUCUACAACUCACUGGCGCAAUACUGUGCUCUAGUCAUGCCAAAAUAAAUGUUUGAGGGCCUCCAGACUUUGAUGCCUAUGUCAUUUUAAACAUAACCAAACAAAGUUAACAUUGUGCAAUUAUUUAGUUUACCAUUUUACUGUGUAUUUAAUCUCAGAAUCAUUUCAGCAUUAAAUAUUUACAAUGGUAACUGUGGCGUUUCACUGUAGAUUUUCUGUUUGAAAGUUUUAAAUAAAGGCAAUUACAGUUCAUUUUUCAUACAACUAUACUUUCCUCGACCAGCUUAUCCUAAAUAGGCAUUUCAUUUUGACAAAACAUUCCAUUUCUUGUGAUACCUCAAGAUGCAGAGAUGAGUACAGAUUUGCCCUUGUAUACAUAUCUCAAAAUAAUCUUAGUGUCAAAAUUGUCAUUCAUUUCAAAGUGUAAAGGGUAUACACUUUCAUUGUUGAUCUUACAUAAGUUUUAGGUUAUGAGUUAUGGUUCUUUGUGUAAAUUUGUGGGGAAAAAAGAGAUUUAAGGCCAGACCAUUAAUUUUUACACGCUUCAGAGUAUGUAUUGAGUCAAUAUGACACUUUGUUUGAAACUUUUUAUUGUUAAAUGAAUCCAUGUAUUUUUUUCAUGAAUCUUUCAAAACCUCUUCUAUUUACAACUUUAUAGGGUUGGGCAUUUUUGGCUUUUUAAGAAGGUUGUAUCCAUUGUUCCACUUUGUUUUCCAUGUAUAAUUGUUUGCCUACUGUUCCUGCCUGUUUUCUGGAACAUUAAAUGGAGAGAAAAUAUUGUUUUGUAUGUCUUGCAUUACUUUGAAGACAAUGAUAUUUGUUAUACCAUGACAUUUUGGGUAGUUAGUCAUUUUAAGAAAACACAGACAAACGAUCAUUGAAAAGAUUAACCUUUUGCCAUUAAAAAUGUUUGUAGGUGGCUAGAAUAUUUUGUAAUUUACAUUUGAAUUUGAUUGUACUUUGAGCAUUACAUAAAAUUGGCAUAGAGUUCAGUUUUGAUUCUUCAAUCUUUUUUGUAGUUGUAACAUUUGAUAUCUGGAGUCAACAGCUUUUCUGUAAAUUUCACAGUGACAUGAGUGGUGUAUUCCAUUGAAUAAGAUAAUACAUGUAUUCUGAGAGUGCUUUUUCAAUAAUAAAGAAAAUAACACACUGGGGGCAUACUAUUUUAAAUGAUCUCUAACUUGUUGCCAAUUAAUAAUCUGUGAUUUAUUAAAAAAAAUUCAUUAAUGUUGAUCAACUUAUAAAUAUUUGUUCUUGUCAGUUAUAAUUAUGACUAUGUGAGCUUAAUUGAAGCCUAAUUUUGCUUGUUGAACACAUGUUUAUGUAAACACAAGGUGUUAUAAGGUAUAGUUGUAACAUCCAUUUUUAUGUAGAUACAACAGUUUCAUGAUCAAAAUUAUUUAAAAUAUUAUAUUUUUGUUAUAUUUUUCAUCCUUUUCAUAUAACCAUGUUAUUUAUUUAAUUCUCGUUGCGUUUCAGUUAUCAGAGUAUUUGCUAUAUAGAAUUAGCAGAACAGGUUGAUUUACCAGAUCAUGUUUAUCAAUUGAUUUCUUUGUAUUGAUGUUUCAAGACUUCCAUGAAGAAAAGUGACAAAUGAGCCAUGCCAUGAGAAAACCAACAUAGUACGUUUGCGACCAGCAUGGAUCCAGACCAGACUGCGUGGAUGCGCAGUCUGGUCAGGAUCCAUGCAGUUCGCUAACAGUUUCUCUAAUUGCAUUAGGCUUUGAAAUUGAACAGCAUGGAUCCUGACCAGGUUGCGCGGAUGCGCAAGCUGGUCUGGAUCCAUGCUGGUCGCAAACGCACUAUGUUGGUUUUCUCAUGGUGCGGCUCAAGUGUCUCUUUUCAUUUUUUUUUUCAAGAUAUAAAGGAUAUUUGGUUGAAUGUAAGGUUGAGAAAUUUUCAUAGAGUGAACAUCAGGUACAAUAUUUUCACGAGUGGAUAAGUCACGAGUAAAAAUGUAAGAUCUGGUAUUAACGAGUGAAAGAGUUUUUUAUCUUACAUGUGUACCAAACAAGAAUCCAUUGAAAAAUGUGAUAUGAUAAGCUAUUUAAAGAAUGUGAAAACUAUGUUUUUUAUACACACUUAUUGGUGCAUAAUUAUUGCUGAUCACAGUGUUCUUUCCUGCUGAUACCCAUGUACCACCACACUAAAAAGGACCAAUACUUUUCAUGGCAUGUUUCAAAACACGGGUAACCUUACCUAGAUAUUAGGUAACCUUACCUAAGAUAUUGUUUAACCUUUUACAUGUGCAUUUUGUAGAUCCAGUGUUAAUGUGAUAUACAGUCAAAGCUGCGCUAAACAUCACCUCCAAAUUAAUGCCAUCACUAUAUAGCCAUUUUCAAUGUACCAGAAACAGCUCACAUUAUUUUUUAUAGGUACUCGCCUGUUAAAAAAGACCACUGAUUUCUCAAGGACAGCCUUUUGUUUGGCUUUAUUUCAGAUUUACAUGAUGAUUUCUGACCACCUUUAGUGUUUUGUGCAAACAUUGUAUACUGUAUGCCAGCAAAGUGUUAGGUUAAUUUUGGAGAGAGAGGUAGCUUUAUCCGAGCCAUGUCUUUCUUAAUUAUUUAUUGGAGGAAAAAUAUUUUUACUGAAUUAAGAUACUCAGAAUAAAUGUUAUUUGGACACAAUAGUUUGCUGUUUUUCAAGUUUGAGGUGUUUUUCAGGCGCAGAUAUGUUGCUAAUAUUGUUUCUACUUAAUAUGUUUUGAAACCAGUCUGAAAUAAGAAUAGUUAUAAAUAUGUAUCCAGACAAAACAUGUUGAUCUACUAAAUACUUACUUAGGUCUAAUGAAGACCUAAUGGAGCUGUCUGCUUAACCUAACAAUCUGUAAUUCAAAUCUCAAGGUUAUAAACAGUUCAGCCUCAGAAUGCAGUUUUGUCAUUGGUCAGUUUCAACUUUAUGCUGAAAUGCUCGAACUUGUAGACUGGUCUUCAAACUCAGUUUUUAGCUCACCUGUCACAAAGUGACAAGGUGAGCUUUUGUGAUCGCGCGGCGUCCGUCCGUGCGUACGUGCAUGCGUCUGUGCAUCCGUAAACUUUUGCUUGUGACCACUCUAGAGGUCACAUUUUUCAUGGGAUCUUUAUGAAAGUUGGUCAGAAUGUUCACCUUGAUGAUAUCUAGGUCAAGUUCGAAACUGGGUCACGUGCCAUCAAAAACUAGGUCAGUAGGUCUAAAAAUAGAAAAACCUUGUGACCUCUCUAGAGGCCAUAUAUUUCACAAGAUCUUCAUGAAAAUUGGUCAGAAUGUUCACCUUGAUUAUAUCUAGGUCAAGUUCGAAACUGGGUCACGUGGGGUCAAAAACUAGGUCAGUAGGUCUAAAAAUAGAAAAACCUUGUGACCUCUCUAGAGGCCAUAUUUUUCAUGAGAUCUUCAUGAAUAUUGGUCAGAAUGUUCACCUUGAUGAUAUCUAAGUCAAGUUCGAUACUUAGUCAUGUGGGAUCAAAAACUAGGUCAGUAGGUCUAAAAAUAGAAAAACCUUGUGACCUCUCUAGAGGCCAUAUUUCUCAAUGGAUCUUCAUGAAAAUUGGUUAGAAUGUUCACCUUGAUGAUAUCUAGGUCAAAUUCGAAACUGGGUCAUGUGCGGUCAAAAACUAGGUCAGUAGGUCUAAAAAUAGAAAAACCUUGUGACCUCUCUAGAGGCCAUAUUUUUCAAUGGAUCUUCAUGAAAAUUGGUCAGAAUGUUAACCUUGAUGAUAUCUAGGUCAAGUUCGAAACUGGGUCACGUGGGGUUAAAAACUAGGUCAGUAGAUCUAAAAAUAGAAAAACCUUGUGACCUCUCUAGAGGCCAUAUUUUUCAUGAGAUCUUAAUGAAUAUUGGUCAGAAUGUUCACCUUGAUAAUAUCUAGGUCAGGUUCGAAACUGGGUCACGUGGGGUCAAAAACUAGGUCAGUAGGUCUAAAAAUAGAAAACCUUGUGACCUCUCUAGAGGCCAUAUUUCUCAAUGGAUCUUCAUAAAAAUUGGUGAGAAUGUUCAGCUUGAUGAUAUCUAGGUCAGGUUCGUAACUGGGUCAUGUGCGGUCAAAAACUAGGUCAGUAGGUCUAAAAAUAGAAAAACCUUGUGACCUCUCUAGAGGCCAUAUUUUUCACGAGAUCUUCAUGAAAAUUGGUCAGAAUGUUCACCUAGAUGAUAUCUAGGUCAAGUUUAAAAGUGGGUCAGGUACCUUCAAAAACUAGGUCAUUAGGUCAAAUAAUAGAAAAACCUUGUGACCUCUCUAGAGGCCAAAUUUUUCAAUGGAUCUUCAUGAAAAUUGGUCAGAAUUUUUUAUCUUGAUGAUAUCUAGGUCACAUGUGCUUAAAAACUAGGUCACUAUGUCAAAUAAUAGAAAUAACGACGUCAUACUCAGUUCAACACUGGGUCAUGUGGGGAUAGGUGAGCGAUUCAGGACCAUCAUGGUUCUCUUGUUAUAAUUGUGGGCACAGACUGGUGCUUAUUCCUGCAAUGGCAUAUGCAAAAUUAGUCGAAAUGUAACUCGAAGUACUUUUUAAAAAAUCAAAUUAUAUAUGUGAUGUCAGUCUGGAAGUUACUGCACAAGUCUAUCUUUUAUCAUUUUGAAAAAUCAAUUUUUUUGUGUAGAUUUAUUUAUGUACUUUUCUAUUUAUAGUAUUCUUAGAUGCAGAAACAAGUUAUGGUUCUAAUCAAAACAAAACCCAAACAAAUCUGCUCAACAAAUUUUGAAAAUAUUGUUUUAUGAAUAAAUUUACACAUUUUAGGUGUAAUUUAUUUUUUAGCUCACCUGUCACAAAGUGACAAGGUGAGCUUUUGUGAUUGCGCGGUGUCUGUCGUCCGUCCGUCGAUCCGUCCGUAAACUUUUGCUUGUGACCACUCUAGAGGUCACAUUUUUCAUGGGAUCUUUAUGAAAAUUGGUCAGAAUGUUCAUCUUGAUGUUAUCUAGGUCAAGUUCGAAACUGGGUGACGUGCCAUCAAAAACUAGGUCAGUAGGUCUAAAAAUAGAAAAACCUUGUGACCUCUCUAGAGGCCAUAUAUUUCACAAGAUCUUCAUGAAAAUUGCUCAGAAUGUUCACCUUGAUGAUAUCUAGGUCAAGUUUGAAACUGGGUCACGUGCCGUAAAAAACUAGGUCAGUAGGUCUAAAAAUAGAAAAACCUUGUGACCUCUCUAGAUGCCAUAUAUUUCACAAGAUCUUCAUGAAAAUUGGUCAGAACAUUCACCUUGAUGAUAUCUAGGUCAGUUUCGAAACUGGAUCACGUGCCAUCAAAAACUAGGUCAGUAGGUCUAAAAAUAGAAAAACUUUGUGACCUCUCUAGAGGCCAUAUUUUUCAUGGGAUCUUCAUGAAAAUUGAUCAGAACAUUCACCAUGAUGAUAUCUAGAUCAAGUUCGAAACUGGGUCACGUGCCGUCAAAAACUAGGUCAGUAGGUCAAAUAAUAGAAAAACCUUGUGACCUCUCUAAAGGCCAUAUUUUUCAUGGGAUCUGUAUGAAAGUUGGUCUGAAUGUUCAUCUUGAUGAUAUCUAGGUCAGGUUUGAAACUGGGUCACGUCCGUUUAAAAACUAGGUCAGUAGGUCUAAAAAUAGAAAAAGUUUGUGACCUCUCUAGAGGCCAUAUAUUUCAUGAGAUCUUCAUGAAAAUUGGUCAGAAUGUUCACCUUGAUGAUAUCUAGGUCAAGUUCGAAAGUGGGUCACGUGCCUUCAAAAACUAGGUCAGUAGGUCAAAUAAUAGAAAAACCUUGUGACCUCUCUAGAGGCCAUAUUUUUCAUGGGAUCUGUAUGAAAGUUGGUCUGAAUGUUCGUCUUGAUGAUAUCUAGGUCAAGUUCGAAAGUGGGUCACGUGCGGUCAAAAACUAGGUCAGUAGGUCAGAUAAAGGAAAAACUUUGUGACCUCUCUAAAGGCCAUAUUUUUCAUGGGAUCUGUAUGAAAAUUGGUCUGAAUGUUCAUCUUGAUGAUAUUUAGGUCAAGUUCGAAACAGGGUCAUGUGCGGUCAAAAACUAGGUCAGUAGGUCUAAAAAUAGAAAAACCUUGUGACCCCUCUAGAGGCCAUACUUGUGAAUGGAUCUCCAUAAAAAUUGGUCAGAAUGUUCACCUUGAUGAUAUCUAGAUCAAGUUUGAAACUGGGUCAUGUGCCUUAAAAAACUAGGUCAGUAGGUCAAAUAAUAAAAAAACCUUGUGACCUCUCUAGAGGCCAUACUUUUCAUGGGAUCUGUAUGAAAGUUGGUCUGAAUGUUCAUCUUGAUGAUAUCUAGGUCAAGUUUGAAACUGGGUCAACUGCGGUCAAAAACUAUGUCAGUAGGUCUAAAAUUAUUAAAAUCUUUUGACCUCUCUAGAGGCCAUAUUUUUCAGUGGAUCUUCAUGAAAAUUGAUCUGAAUGUUCACCUUGAUGAUAUCUAGGUCAGUUUCGAAACUGGGUCAUGUGCGUUCAAAAACUAGGCCAGUAGGUAUAAAGAUAGAAAAACAUUGUGACCUCUCUAGAGGCCAUGUUUUUCAUGAGAUCUUCAUGAAAAUAGUGAGAAUGUUCACCUUGAUGAUAUCUAGAUAAAGGUCAAAACAGGGUCACGUACCUUCGAAAACUAGGUCAAUAGGUCAAAUAAUAGAAAAACCUUGUGACCUCUCUAGAGACCAUAUUUUUCAAUCGAUCUUCAUGAAAAUUGGUCAGAAUUUUUAUCUUGAUAAUAUCUAGGUCAAGUUCGAAACUGGGUCACAUGAGCUGAAAACUAGGUCACUAUGUCAAAUAAUAGAAAAAACGACGUCAUACUCAAAACUGGGUCAUGUGGGAAGAGGUGAGCGAUUCAGGACCAUCAUGGUCCUCUUGUUGUGAUAUACAUUUUUUUGCUGUAAAAUGCAUGUGUGCAAGUGAUUUAAUCUAACUUAUUGACUUUAGUAACAGAAUUGCAUUUGCUAUUUUUUAAAAUGGGAGCUGUUAUGUUAAAGAGCAUUAUUGUAUGUUUGACAUUGUCUAUUAUAAAUAAGGCUAUGUUUGACAUUGUCUGUUAAAAAUAAGGGUAUGUUUGACAUUGUCUGUUAAAAAUAAGGCUAUGUUUGACAUUGUCUGUUAAAAAUAAGGCUAUAACAUUUUGGUGUUACACUAGUGUAAUACAUGUAAUAACAUUUUGAUGUUGAUAUCAUUUUAAUGUCAAACUGAUUUUGUCUGUAAUUUGAAAAGAAAGGAGAAACUUCGAUGUUUCAGCAAAAAAAUAUAGCAUGUGAUAAAACAUUUAUUACAUCUGUGUGUUUCUACAUUGAAUUUGUUUAACUUGUUGAAUAAAAAUGGUAAAAUGCUUGA